CCAAGUCGGUCUCGAGGAGGGAAGGUAAGGGUCACAAUAGUUCCGUGAGACGAGCCAGAAAUCAUUCAGCCGAAAUGGGAGACGAACUUGAUACUCUCAUAGGUUUUCUUGGCGAUACCAGCAGUUCUACCCGCGCACGUGCCGCUGAGUUCAUACAAGGUUUGACUGGCUCCGACGUCGGCAUUUCCAAGCUUGCGACACGCGCGGGAGCUUGUUUGCCGAAGCUCUUGCACCUUUUAGGCGCAGCUGCGGCCGAGUCGAAGUACGCCGCGACGACGCUAGUUAACUUGACCGUCAUUCCAGAGGUUGCGACGCUCGCAGUGGAGAAAGGUGCUGUCGAGCGUGUCAUGGAACUUUUGCGCGAAAACACGAUUCCUGCAGAUCUUUUACUUAAGCUCCUGACAAACCUAACGAAUACGGACGGAGGCGUAAGCGUUCUCACCCAGGAGGGCAAACCCUUAGAAGGUUUUUUCAUCAGCAAGGUCGUGCAUCUGCUCGCCAUGGCGAAACCGCCGUCGAUGUACGACUAUGCUGCGUCGAUCAUUACAAAUUUCACCAGACACCCUAUCGGCCGGAGGGUAUUCCUCGAUCCCAAAAGAGGACUAAUGUGCAUGGCACUUGCGUCGUUGAUUCCAGGGCAGUCAGAAGUAAGGAGGGUUGGUGUGGCAGCUGCCAUUCGAAACUGUUGUUUGGAUGAUUUAUCUUGCACGCGUCUUCUUGCAACCCCGUGCGCGGCACCAAGUGGCAACAAUUCCUUUGAUGUCUGUUGCAGCACUUCGAGCACUCAUUCGUACGCAGAGGGUGGUUUGGAAGCCGUUCGUUCACUUAUCCGAAUAGUUUCCGAUACAACGAAAUCGCGGGAACUUAGUGAUGCGGUCAGACAAUGUUGCGCGGAGGCGAUAGCUGCUUUGGCGCGUCAAGCUGUUGGGCGCGAUGCCUUAGUAGCUUGCGACGCUCCCCAGUUGAUAAGAGUCGGGUACGCAGAAGAAGACCACGCGGAGACAUGUGCAGCACUAGAAGCUACAGCUACUAUAUUCAUGUCACAUGGAUUGGUCCCGGAAGAACUUCAGCCUCCUGAAGGUCUGCGACAAGCUGAAAUCCUGGAAGGAGAAUAACUUCAUCAUUUCUUCUGAUAGCUACGUUCGCGAUGGCGUAGACCUGCAAGCUACUUCCGGAAGUACUAUCAGCGGCUCCGGCGCAGCGGCCGUCGGUUAGUUGGGGGAAGUGCGGGUCGAGGUCGGGUUGAUCGGCGGUCUCGAUGGGACAAAUGAGUUGAAAAAAUCUAGAGUCUAUUUUCCGUC